GCUGAGCCGGACUGGGCCGGGCCGGGCCGGGCCGGAGGAGCCGCGUCUGCCCCGGCCAGGGGAGGCGAGAGGAGGCGCGGGCCGUGUCCCCGCGUCUUUCGGUCCCUCUCUCGCCCCACUCCCCGGGCAGCGCCGGACCGCAACGAGGUACAGCCGCUGGCGCCGCGUGGGGAGGUGGCCCGAGCUCGGGUGCGUGGGGGCACCCGCAGGAGCAUCUCGUGGCCCUGGCAUGGCCCAGUGCCCCGUCUGUGAGCUGACCUGGCGGCCCUCGAGCGAAGAUACAUAGCACAAAGCACUCGGCUUCGUUCUUUCGCCUUUCCUUUUUUUCCCCGCUCUGCGGCAUCAUGGGGAUCCAGGGCCUGCUCCAGUUUAUCAAGGAGGCUGCCGAGCCUUCCCACGUGAAGAAAUACAAAGGGCUGACGGUAGCUGUGGACACCUACUGCUGGCUGCACAAAGGCGCCUAUGCUUGUGCUGAAAAGCUGGCCCGAGGAGAGCCCACAGAUAUUUAUGUAGCUUUCUGUAUGAAACUUGUUCAUAUGCUCCUCUCAUUUGGAAUUAAACCAAUUUUGGUAUUUGAUGGAUGUACUCUACCCUCUAAGAAGGAAGUGGAAAAGGCACGACGAGAGAAGCGUCAAGCCAGUCUCCUGAAGGGGAAACAAUUGUUGCAGGAAGGGAGACUGUCAGAAGCUAGGGAAUGUUUUGGGCGCAGUGUAAAUAUUACCCAUGCUAUGGCUCAUGAAGUUAUUAAAGCUGCACGAGCCCAGGGAGUUGAUUGUAUUGUUGCUCCUUAUGAAGCGGAUGCUCAGCUGGCUUAUCUUAAUAAGACAGGCAUGGUUCAAGCUAUAAUUACAGAAGACUCUGAUCUCUUAGCUUUUGGAUGUAAAAAGGUGUUUCUGAAAAUUGAUAAGUUUGGAAAUGGACUAGAGAUAGAUCAAGCUCGACUAGGAAACUGUAAGCAGCUUGGAAAUGUAUUUACAGAAGAGAAAUUCCGCUAUAUGUGUAUUCUUUCUGGUUGUGACUACCUCCCAUCAAUUCAUGGAAUUGGGUUAGCUAAAGCAUGCAAGUUAAUAAGAUUAGCCAACAAUCCAGAUAUUAUAAAGGUUAUUAAGAAAAUGGGGCAGUACUUGAAGAUGAAUAUAACAGUACCAGAAGAAUACAUACAGGGUUUUACACGAGCUAAUAAUACAUUCCUGUAUCAGUUAGUUUUUGAUCCUGUCAACAGAAAAUUAGUUCCUCUGAAUGCAUAUGGAGAUGAUAUUGAUCCAGAAACACUAACUUAUGCAGGACGACAUGUUGGUGAUGAUACUGCUUUUCAAAUUGCCAUUGGCAACAUUGAUAUCGGUACAAUGGAGCAAAUUGAUAACUACAGCCCCGACACGGCACAGCCUGUGCAGCAGAGAAGUUGUGGGUGGAAUGACCGACGUGAUAAUCGUGUAAAUAGCAUUUGGAGCAGAGAGUACAAGUUUGGCCCCACUGAAGAUACUGCUCCUCCUAAAAUGCAUUUCCCAGAGAAACCAACAACCAAAGGGAUGGAGAAGAUAAUUAGUGUUAAAGGACUAAAGCUUGCAGGCAAAGAGCUCUUGGCAAAAAGGCCAAGGAGUGAUUCAGAAGAAAUCUCAGAUGGAGAUCUGUUGAAGCAAUACUCGUUUUCAAAAACAAAAAGAAUCAAGAAGGAGAGUGAUGAUGGUCAAGCACAAAGGAGUGUGUCAGCAAUACAAAGCCUUGAUUCUCCAGGGAAUUCCAUCACUCAAGAAAGCUCUAAUUCCUUGCCCAGAGUUAGAAAUAAAUUCGCUUCCUUUUUACAAAGGAAAAACAAAGAGAAGGAUGUUGUAAUUGUUCCAGGAACAAGAAGCAGGUUUUUCUGCAAUGAUGCAGUUACAUUUGACAGUACAGCAAAGAAGGAUGAUGGUGAUCUAACUCGAGAUGCUGAGCAGGAUUGCCAGAAACAGGAAACAGAACAUGUAGCAGAAGAUGUUUCUAGGUUUUCAGAAAGUGAAAAAUCAUCAAGGACUGUCUUUAAACCUCCUGGAGAAAUGCAGAAAAGUUGUUUCCAGUGGUUUAGCAGCCUCGAAAGUAACUCAGAAAGUCUUGGUCCAUCUCAUACUGUAUUUUCACAGCAGUUUCACCAGCAGAGAAACAACUGCAUUGUAACCCAGGAAGAUCAGAUUAAUGGGGCAGUGUGUGAUGAAUCAGAGGAAGAGUCCUCCCCCUUAAUAGAACUGGAACAAUCAUCCCAGUCUCACGGGUCUUGUGAGCCAUCAGAAUGCAGUUUGGAGUCUUCAGAAAUCAUGCAAGUGUCCAACAACAGCUCAGGUUCAAAGGAGUCUGAUUCCAGUUCAAAACUGGAUGAUGAUCGAUGUGUUCUGUCUCCACUAUUUUCUGCUGUUCAAACUGGAAAAAAAAAUACAGUCAUAAAGACCAAGGUUCCUGGAUUACGUAAAUCCAGUAAUACAAGGUCACAUAUGGUAACAAAGCUCAAGACAUUGAUACCAGCUAAAGUAAGUGGACUAAGCAGGAAACUGUCACCUCUGCAGAAGAGAAAGGACUGUGAUACCGAAAAUAAGCUGGGACUGCAAUCCACUAUUGGUGAACUCUGGAAAAGCUUCCAAUUUAAAAGAGAGUAUGAAAAACUUCCUUCUUGUAGAAAGUCAGAUCCUCUGUCUCCAAUCAAAGAUAAUAUACAGCUCACUCCAGAAACAGAAGAAGAAAUCUUUAAUCAUCUGGAACGUAGUCAUGUUCAGAGAGCUAUAUUCCAGUGAACUGCACGCUGUUCACAAUGGGAAGGAUUUUUAAUCAUUGUCAAAAUUUACCUUUUGGGUAUUCCAUCAUUAUAGAAAAGAUUCUUUAAAAACCAGCUAUAUACUUUAGUCUGACUAGUGAUUUAUAAUCUCUUUUAUAAAAGCAUGAAUUCAAAGGUACAGUUCUAUACUGUUUGGAAUAAAAUAAUUCAGAUUCCUCUGUUCUCUUAUUCAAAGUCCCCAUGCUGAAUUUUUCUCCAAACACUUUUUGUUGCCCCUGGGCAUUUUAUGUAGGUCUCACAUACAAUCCAAGUUUCUACAACAGCAGCAGAACAAGUUUGUGCCUUAAUUUUUAAUAGUUAAUAAUUUUUUGCCUCUUUCUUUUUUCCUCUUGAGGCUAAUCUGGCUUCAAGACAGGUUUAAAACUGCUGUUAAGUGUGCAUAACAGUCUGCAGUAUACUUCCAGCACUGAUAACUAUUUCUUUUCCCUAUAAGGUAAGACUUGUUCUCUCAACAGCUAGCUUUCUGUUUGAUAUAGUUGUGUUGGUGGUGGGAAUAACUUGGAGUCUGCAGAAAGGAAUAUCACAGAUAACUGGUCCCCAAAUUCUCACAUUAAUAGAAUGAUAUCCAAAAAAUAUAAUGUGUUUCUCUGUUUAACCUGCCUGUUUCACAUUUGUAUUCUUCUCCAACAACAGACACCCAAAAUACCAGUCCUCAGAGGUAGGGUUACAAAAUAGCAUUGUCGUCACAACAGGCCAAGCUUCAGUGUUCAGCUAAAGGGAAAGAAUGCAGGAGACUGGAGUCCUUGCUGUGUUUGACUGAAUUACCAUUAAAUAGUAUGAUGAGAUUUCAGAUUUCUACAUUAAAAAUCACGAUUUGAGUCAGUGUAAAGGUACGUCUGAAAUUUUUCCAUUUUUAGGAAUGGAUAGUAUUUCUUUCUGCAGCAGAUAAAGGUACAGAAAGAUAUCUUAACCUGUGAAAUAUCUUUUCCUUCCUGAGAUUAAUACUUUCCCUCAGCCUUUGAGAUUUUGCAAGAGUUUCAAGUUUGAAAUUACCUAUGAGAGGCAGAGGUUUCUUAGGUUGCAAUGUACUUUUUUCUCUCUCUAAGAGAUUUCCAUCUAUGAAACUAAGGUGACCAGCUGAAUUAAAUUACAAAGAAGCUGCUUAAAAGAGUAUGUUUUGCACACAUUUGUGGGAUCAGCCCUCUUAUUUCUGCAUUUGUGUUGAAGGUACAGGAUAGAAGGAAUUGAAGUAAUGAUGUUCUAGGACAGGCUUUCAUACAUGCACCACUAGAAAAUGCCUACUCCUUUAAUGUUGAUCUUCAGUGAGAAUUCUCUCAGGUAUGACGUUACAAAUAUAGGCCAGCAAUAAACGUUUGUGUUUCCAGUCACAGAGCUAUUGUCUAGGAUGAAUCUUUGUGUUCCUACAAAUACAGUAAAAAUGACAGAAGGAAUCUUUGAAGGGAAAACAUAAAAAUAGUUAAUUUUCAUCCAUUGCUUAUUUAUCAGUGUGCAAGUUUAUUUUGUACAGUGCAUCCUUGCCUUUUUCCUGGCCCUUCAAUCAAAGGGCCACUUGUUCCUGCUUUAGUGGCUCAUCAUAAGAGACAAACUACUUCUUCUUGUACUAUCAAGGACAGGUAAUUUUAAGGGAUUAUCUUACAUGCAAGCUACAUUGUAUGUUCUUAAAGCAGAUUUCUUAAAAAUACUUCUGUAUAGUUUCUGAUUUGUGUUUUGGAGGUCUUGGGUACUGACUUCAUGUUACAGGGGAUUCUUCUCAGGAAUAGAGGCAUCUGUUACAUUAUGUGUAAAUAUGUAACAUGUGUAAGCAUAUAAUAGCAUUUAAGUUUUAUACUUUUAAUGUGGAGUUAUUGUGUUGGUGUCUGCUCUGUGGAAGG